AUUUGGGACACCCAAGCCCAAUAAGCGUCUGUCCCUCACUUUGGUUCUAACAAAUGAUCAGUUUCUGUUCCGUAGACGGGAUUGUUUUUUAUGACCAGCCCUAGUUUCGUUCCUCGCCACCGUGUAACCCACCGGAAAUUUCAACCUAAGGCUUUGUGAUUCUUGACCUCCGUCCCUAUAUUUUAACAUUUCAUAUCUGUUGCAUCGACAUUAGCUUAGAAAAUGAAAAGAGUUUCACCGAGAAAUUUUCAUGUUUUCUUAAAACCUCGGAGACUUUUCUGUAACUAAUUCUCAAGUUUUCUAUUUUUCCGGCAGAGUAUGGACUGAGUCAGAGUGCAUGUACACCUGAGUUACCGGUUUAGGAGAGUCAAACCAACCCGUUAUUUGCUGAUCUAUAUAUAACAAAUGGGUCAAUGAGCCUUCUUGGGACUUACCUCUGAGCUUGCUUCUGGAGCAAAGCCGAGUUAUUUCUGCCGUUUAUUUUCUUUGUGCACAAAUUACUUCUGGAUCCAUCUUGACCCUUGUGAAGGAGUGUAUGACAAACCCAUGCUAUGUCUGAAAGGACAGGAAACACAAUGGGAGAAGCUGCAGAUCAAGCCGACGUUGCACAGAUCCUUUCUAACAUCAACUCCAGACCAAAGGGGAUCGUGUAGGCAGGAUACAGCAACCUGUUGUACAGAAGAGUGGGAAGUGAAACAGAGACAGAAUCAGCUGAGAUGUCGAGGACUGAUAUGGAUUAAGUCACCAAGUUGCUGCAUUGGUUCCACUCACUCUCAUGUCAGGAACUGCUUGCUUUCUUAUUAGAUGGCUGCAUGAAGAUUUGAAUAAGGUGAAACAAAAACCUUACGUCGAGCUUAAAGACUUGGACAGUCGUCGGGAUGAUGACACUGAUAUGUAUAAGGCCUGGAAUGAUUCUGCAAUAGUUAAUGCCUGCCAAAACGGGAAGAUUCUGUCUGUCACUUUUGUCAACACAGAACCACUGAGUGGAACUGACAUUGAUGCAGUUAUCUCUGGAUUUCUGUCACCUCUACACAGGGUUCAAGCCUCAUCUAAGAUUCAUAAUGGAAGAGAAAAUGGCCACGUUCCUCACGCUGCUGCUGACGAAACAUCCGGAAGUAAAUCAUCACCAGACACCGAGAUAGACGAUGCAUCUGACAGAGAGUUGUCCUUCAGGAUCUUCUUGACGGAUGAGUGUGGUUUGAACUUCAAACCACUUCAGCCCGAGUCUUUAUGUGAACCCUGCUACUUGAGUGACCUUCCUGAGCCGAAGAGCAUCUGGGACCAGAUGACAUGUGGUAUAGCACUCGUUUUGUCAGGGAUGCAAAGAACACAGACAAGCGAACAAAAAGCUAGACUUGUGGAAGUUACCAGAUAUUCUCGUAUUCCAUUUAAAAACGGCUCACGUAUAGCAGAGAUCUCAAGAACAAGACUGAUACGUUUUGUGAAUUUCUCAAUCUGUGAUUUAAGUCACCAAGUUGCUGCAUUGGUCUCACUCACUCUCAUGUCAGUCUGUCGUAAACCGAAGCCUUAUGUUAUUGAUCUCAACUUGACACCGACAUUCUCUUCUACAUACGCUCCACAAGUUUUACAGAUCUCCUCCCGUAAAGAUUCUGUCUUCAAGAACACUUGUUCUCUCAAUAGUUCUCACAAUGGCUCUACUCCUAUUGUUUCAAGAGUUGUAGUGCUCCACGAAUCACUACAUCCUCACUGGUCUCCUCCUUCUAUCAAAUCGGCAAUUGUCACCAUAGAUUCUUCUCAUUCUCAAAUGCUUUCUUGCAUUGACCAACAAGAGUUUAACAAGAACCUAUUGAUCCGAGGGAACACAUUUUUACAUUGCAGCUUGGAAAACUGAUUCAACAGGAGAGCCCAUUUUAGCAGACGGAUCAAGCCGCAAGCCGGUGAGUCCAGAGAAAGCUGACACAUGACUACAUCUUGCACUUGUUCCCUGCUGAUUACAAUGACACCAAAGCCUCCUGUUCUUGAUCUCAACUUGCCUUCCAUCACAUUUCCAAACCUCAGAGAAGAAGUCACUCUCAUAAGAACCAUAAAAAAACGUUGGACCCUUCAAUUCUGUAUACAGAGCCGUGAUCGAUCCUUCUAAUAGCACCAACGAAACUAGUGUUUAUCUCUAAUGCCACAUGGUUCGAGUCUCCAUUACACACAAAGUGAACACUCGCUACUUCUUUGGAAGCUUAACUUGGAGUGUGCAAUGUGGCAAUCCUAUUAUCCGUGAGGACCCAGAUCCUGCAACCAUACUACGAUGAUAACUGAUGUAAGCCAAAAGCAGAUUUGUGAAAAGCAAAAUGCUGAUGAACAAUACUAUUUGUGUAAUUUGUGUUGUUAAUAAACCUAUACAUUGGAAUCGUUAUUAGAGACAUCAAUCAACUUAUCGAUUCAUACUCA